CCAGUGCCAGUUCUGUGAGGCCACUCUUGGAAAUGACAGAUUUGGAAUGGAUGCUGAUGCCUGAUGGACUUGCUCUCUUUGGUUUUUAACUCGGGACCACUGCAGUCCCCUGCUCUGAGGACCACGUAUGAGGUUCGGAACCAGUUUGGCCUCCUGUCCCCCACUCAGCUUUUUGGCCACUUUAUGGGCCCUGCUGUUGUGCUGAGGGCGGGUCUUACUUUGUUCUCUCUUCCUAAAGCAGUCUUUCUGCCUCACCCUUUAGCCACAGAACCAGAGACUUCAGUACAGAGGGGCAUUUAGUUUCAGAAAGCCAAACACCUUAAAAAAAAAAUAGGAUUCCAUUAAGUUGAUAGUGGAAAGUGGAUUUAUUUACAUUUUGACCCCAACAGAGAUAGGAGGACAGGAGGAUAGAAAAGAUUAAAAAAAAAAAAAAACCUAAAAAUCUGAUUAUGCAUAUGCUAACUCAGCUGUCAGAGCCAUGAGUUCUCUCCCCAAAAGGCACGCUCCCCUCUAACUCUAACUGGCACCAUGGGCUUUACUCUCCUUCUCCCACGGUUGGAUUCUGAGGAGGGGGACUUAUUUCUGUGAGGUCCGUUGUUUCAAUAGUCCGGUCGCUCAAGAAAGGAGCAAGCGUGUUUCUGUUUAGAAUACCUCUUCUCCUGUCAGAAUACAGCGUCACAAACCUAAUUCUGUGCUCACGUGCGGCUUUCUCCAUCAGAUACGUCCAGACCUCCCCAUUUAAAACGGUUUCUCCCAGCAGUUCAGCCUCACAGGAAGUGGAGGAGAUCACUUCCUGGGGUUUCUGGGACAUCACGUGACUUACAGGCGCUGCCGAUGACAUGCUUCAGGAAGAGUCUCACUGGACUUUGCUAUCUCAGCUUCUGGAGAGAUGACUCAACUGGAGCCACUUUUAAAACAGAAAACAAAUCCCUCUGGGAUGAGAAUGGUUCCCGAGAAUACAACCCAAGGUUUCUUGUCAAGCCCUCCGAGGAGACGCCAAUUCUUUGUAUGUAAUGACUGUUCAACACUGUGAAGCCGGGAAGCUCAUGACCUAUUAUUAAAUUCAUGGAAUGAAUGUUUGUAAAUGAAUCUGGGCAAAGCCCAGGGACACCAAGAACUCUUUCUUUUAAUGAUACAAAUAGCCUUCGGGGGUUAUUUCUAAUCACAAAGGCUGGUCGCGAGGAACGUUUCUUAGGUUUGAAUGUGCAGCAGAGGUGUUGGCUGCCACGGGGGCUGAGGCCUCAGAGCAGGCAUGCCUGGUCAGUCUGAUUCUCUGAUUCUCCAGAGGUGCUUUUUGCCAUAGGCGGGGAGUUGAAAAUCUCUGACGAAGGCAGACAUUACCUUAUGGAAAAUGAGAGUGAUCGAAGUGCUACUGGUAGGGGUACACGUGGAGCGCCCCCUACAGAGAUAUAAAUAAAAAGGUUAAACCACACCAUAGCAGUGAAAGGACAAUAAGACUGGUGGUGACACCGGGAAACCACCCAUUUCUUUGGCACACCAGGUCUUUAUGUUCGUGUAGGUUGAUGUCUAUACGAAGGUGAGGGCUGGCACCAUGUUAGGUCAAGGCCAUGAUUGGACAGUAAAAACAUAAGGUGGGGACAAAGCUUUUGUAAGGAGAGAAGGAGAAGGAAGGAGAAUCAAGAUGGAGACAGAGAAGGAUGACCCUGAUCCAGGUGGUCUUGAAUUGCUGAGGUAGCUGGGAUGGAUUUCUGUAGGCAAAUUUAUCUUAUCUAGGUGGGUGGUUUAUAUCCUUAUCAAUUGGUUUUGGGUUUAUUGUGGGGAUGUAUUGUGGAUUGAGAAUUUAACAUAUAAAUCUGAUUGUUGGGUUGCAGUUUGUUGAGUCUUGAUUGGGAAUUUAUACCAUAACUAUUAGGGAGAGGAUGUUGAGAAUGUAAACAGAGCAGCGGCAGAGAGUUACGAGAGGGUAGCCACCGCUGGGACCACAGGGUGGAUGCUGGGAAUGUGAGCAGAGUCCGCAGUAAGAGAACCGCGAGAUAGGCUACCCGCCUUGGGAACUAGAUGGGGAGAGAUUGCUGCUGGGCUCAGAGAGUAGCUAUAGAGGUGGGCUGGAGCUGUGAGUGAGGGCAGGGUGCCACACUGGAACGACUCACAAAGCACCCAGGUCAGAGAGUACUUGGGGGCAGCGUGGAGCCACUGAGAUAAAUUAGCGCUCGUUCCAAUGGCUCCACCAGAACCGGAAUUAGGAAGAGCACUACCCCCAGGGUAACCCCCAGGGUAUGUGUGGGAACGGGUCGCCGUGCACCAGAUGUAGUGUUCGUUGGUGCCUGCCCCUCCUCUUGCUUAGAGAACGGAGAAGGUCCCAGAGGUAGGGCAACUGCCAUUGUAUAAACUGAGUGCUCACGCUCUGCUCUUCUCAUCCCUUCUCUUUCCGGAGUCAGAGUCACCAAGGCCACCCUGGGAGCAACUCCGCAGCCUGUCUCCUAAAUAACUUCCCACCACAAAUAGGCUCACGCCAAAGUCUGGCGUCUCUACAACACCUCCUUCCGCCCCACUCAGGGGGGCCGGGUGUCCAUCGCCUUAGGUUCCCAUUGGAUCACCCCUCGAAGGAUGACCGACUAUCACAUCAGAGAGUGUCAGAAGUCUCUUGACUUCGUGCUAGGCUGGUUUGCCAAGCCCAUAUUUAUCGAUGGCGACUACCCAAAGAGUAUGAAGAACAACCUCUCAUCCCUGCUGCCCGAUUUUACUGAAUCCGAGAAGAGAUUCAUCAGGGGAACAGCUGACUUCUUUGCUCUCUCCUUCGGACCAACCUUGAGCUUUCAACUACUGGACCCCAGCAUGAAGUUCCGCCAGCUGGAGUCUCCCAGCCUGAGGCAGCUUCUGUCUUGGAUAGAUCUGGAGUAUAACCACCCUCAGAUAUUUAUUGUAGAAAAUGGCUGGUUUGUCUCGGGGACCACCAGAAGAGAUGAUGCCAAAUACAUGUAUUAUCUCAAGAAGUUCAUAAUGGAAAGCUUAAAAGCCAUCAGGCUGGAUGGGGUCGACGUCAUUGGGUACACCGCAUGGUCCCUCAUGGAUGGUUUCGAGUGGCACAGGGGCUACAGCAUCCGACGAGGACUCUUCUAUGUCGACUUUCUGAGUCAGGACAAGGAGUUGUUGCCCAAGUCUUCGGCCUUGUUCUACCAAAAGCUGAUAGAGAACAAUGGCUUCCCUCCUUUACCUGAGAACCAGCCCCUUGAAGGGACGUUUCCCUGUGACUUUGCUUGGGGAGUGGUUGACAACUACAUUCAAGUGGACCCCACUCUCUCUCAGUUUACUGACCCGAAUGUCUAUCUGUGGGAUGUGCAUCACAGUAAGAGGCUUAUUAAAGUAGACGGGGUUGUAGCCAAGAAGAGAAAACCUUACUGUGUUGAUUUCUCUGCCAUCCGGCCUCAGAUAACCUUACUUCGAGAAAUGCGGGUCACCCACUUUCGGUUCUCCCUAGACUGGGCCCUGAUCUUGCCUCUGGGUAACCAGACUCAAGUGAACCGCACGGUUCUGCACUUCUACCGCUGUAUGGUCAGCGAGCUGGUGCACGCCAACAUCACUCCAGUGGUGGCCCUGUGGCAACCAGCAACCCCACACCAAGGCCUGCCACAUGCCCUUGCAAAACAUGGGGCCUGGGAGAACCCGCACACUGCCCUGGCAUUUGCAGACUACGCAAACCUGUGCUUUGAAGAGCUAGGCCACUGGGUCAAGUUCUGGAUCACCAUAAAUGAGCCAAACUCACGGAACAUGACAUACCGUGCGGGGCACCACCUGCUUAAGGCUCAUGCCUUGGCAUGGCACCUGUACGAUGACAAAUUUAGGGCGGCUCAGAAAGGCAAAAUAUCCAUCGCCUUGCAGGUUGACUGGAUAGAACCGGCCUGCCCAUUCUCUCAGAAGGACAAAGAAGUGGCGGAGAGAGUUUUGGAAUUUGAUGUAGGCUGGCUGGCAGAGCCCAUUUUCGGCUCCGGAGAUUAUCCGCAUGUGAUGAGGGAAUGGCUGAACCAAAAAAACAACUUUCUUCUGCCCUAUUUCACGGAAGAUGAGAAAAAGCUAAUCCGGGGUUCCUUUGACUUCCUGGCGUUGAGCCAUUACACCACCAUCCUUGUAGACUGGGAAAAGGAGGAUCCGAUAAAAUACAACGAUUACCUGGAGGUGCAGGAGAUGACUGACAUCACGUGGCUCAACUCCCCCAAUCAGGUGGCGGUGGUGCCUUGGGGGCUGCGCAAAGCGCUCAACUGGCUAAGGUUCAAGUAUGGAGACCUCCCGAUGUUCGUGACAGCCAAUGGCAUUGAUGACGAUCCCCAUGCCGAGCAAGACUCACUGAGGAUGUAUUAUAUUAAGAAUUACGUGAAUGAGGCUCUGAAAGCCUACGUGUUGGACGGCAUCAACCUUUGUGGCUACUUUGCGUAUUCGCUUAGUGACCGCUCAGUUCCCAAGUCCGGCUUUUAUCGAUACGCUGCGAAUCAGUUCGAGCCCAAACCGUCUAUUAAACAUUACAGGAAAAUUAUUGACAACAACGGCUUCCUGGGUUCUGGAACGCUGGGAAGGUUUUGUCCGGAAGAGUACACCGUGUGCACCGGAUGCGGCUUUUUUCAAACCCGGAAGUCCCUGCUGGCCUUCAUCUCGUUUCUAGUUUUUGCUUUCGUUACUUCUCUCGCUCUUAUUUAUUACUACUCCAAGAAAGGCCGGAGACGUUAUAAAUAAGUGUGAACGCCCGCCCUGCCAUUCGCUUUGGGAUCAGUACGCACGCACCGUCAACCGUCAGCUGCUUGUGUUGUGAUGCCACGUUCCACACUUUUGGACUCUGGAAAACCUUUUCCUGUCAAGGAUGGUGGCGGUUUUAAACAGGCACUGGCGACUAUAAAAUAUUGCAGGGUGAAUGGUAUCUGAAUCUGCUCUCUUUGGCGGCAAUUACGCACCUAUGCCCACCGCAGUUUCUACACUGUGGGAGUACACAGUAGGGUCACCGAAGUUUCUACAGCACCCCCGUAAGGAAGACACGGAAUAUGCUUGUGGUAACAGUGCCUUUGGGUAAAGACAGGACUUUGAAGAGCCACUCCAGGAACUUUUCUAUCAGUGACCAUUUUGAAAUUCACAUCUUCUUUGGAAGUUACAGUCACUCAGUUGGCGUCUUAACACCUGGACUUUACCUGAUCCAGUUUUACAAGGGGAAGUAGAAAAAUACCUAGCCGAGAUGGCCAAGAGCCCCGAGGCCAAAACAGCCCGUUAAAAAAGCGCUAUUUCUGCCAAAUGCUGCUAAUGUUGAUUUAUGAAUGCAUUUAGAAAGCUCAUUAUGGAAAUUUAUAUUUUUGUGAAUGUUUUUGUGCUGUGCCUAAACCCCAGAUCCUAGAGGGCUUUCUCUUACUGACUUUCCUUUCAGAGCCUGCACGCACGUUGAAGAUUUUUUUUUUUUUUUGAUAAACGUUUGUAAAAAAUAAAGAUGAGUCCUGAGCUGCUGGCCUCUUCGGAAGCGGAAACUGUGUGUUGCUCUGCAGCAGUUCGAGGAAAGAAGGGAUUUUUUUUUUUUUUUUUUUUUUUUAAGGGAGCAACAUGAGUGAUUUGGUUGAACGUCCUUUUAUCUUUGAACAGAGAUUGGGAUGAAUGAAAUGACCUCCCCCACGGGAAGAAAGAUGAGCUGUCACCGAAACUGUAAAGAAUGUCUCUGUUGCAUUCUUCAGAAUAUGCUGUCAAUGCUUGGUUGCAGUGAUAUUCAAAUUCCUUAGUAGACCCGACAGCGAUCCAGUGCGAGCACACUGGGAACCUGUCCCUGUGGUCACUGAGACCUACUGUGUGCUUCUGUACGUGUGAAGGGGCUUUGAAGUAGCCCCUCUUGGAGCAUUUACACCAACCAUGCUCCUGACUUCUGUAGAAAGGGCUAAUUAAGUCUUCUCCUUCCACACCCGAUACUGUAAGUCUUAGUGACUCUCACCGCUGAAGUCUCUGUGCUAUACCUGAGUGGUCUUAUAGAUAUAAGCUGAUACCAGAUCAGGCAGGAUUAAUCAGUCCUAGCAGGCCUAGCUACCCUUGCUGACACAGGGUCACAGUGCACACAGUUCAUCACCCUGUUAGUCUUCAUCUUUGAUGUGGUAUGGUUUUCCUCAUGAAUGAUCAGCUUCUGCUGUGGCAGUCUUUAUACAUCUGGACUUAACAUUGAAAUCAAAUGCUAUAGAAUCAAUAGUUUAUUUUGUCUAUUUUUAUUGAUUGCAGAGUAAUAUAUACUAAUUGUAAAAAAUUUAGAAAUGAAAACAAUAUGUGAAGAAAAAUUAUAAUAUAACACAGAGAUGCCUUUGAUGGUUCCUGUGUGUCAUGUUUUGUGUAGUCAGAUCGUGUUAUACAUAGGCAUACACCUUCCUUAUUCACUCAUGUUGAAAUAAUUCUCCUGUCGUUACUCUUCAAGAGCAAAGUUUUAAUCGUUAUGGGGAAUGUUGUCAGAAUAGCUCAAAACUGUCUUAUUUGUUGGCCCAAUUUCCCACUAAUUAGUUCAAUAAUAAAUAUCAUCUAGAAAUCA